AUGCCGCUGAUCGCGAUCCCCGUGAAAUGGACAGGCGCAGAGGUCGAGGGUCGAAUCGAGAUCGAGGCAGGGCCCGUCAUCGCGAAAGAGGUCGUCAUUCGCGACCUAGCGAUCGUCAUGUCGAUUAUCCUGCACGGUCGCCACCUGCGCGCGCUUCCCGCUUUGGCUCUGAUCUAUCUCACCCCCCCCAGCGAUUCUGCUUUGGAUCGACCCCUUCCGCGCGGCUCGCCUGGUCCUCCGUCAGAGUUUGACGACAAUCGAGGAUUAGAUCAUCCUCGACCAUCAUCAAGCGGUUGGAUCGACCAUCCAUCCGGACCGUUGGACAAGGGCAUUUCGGCAUCUCGGCGUGACGAGUCGCCUCUUGCACCCCCGUCAAAGAGAAAGAGAACUCGCAGCCCAUCACCUUACGGUCCGCGUGGCUCAUAUCAUCCCCGGCGCCCAUCCUUUGGCAAACAAGGCGAUAGACGCGACCGAAGUCCCUCAUUCAAGGGCCGAGGCCGGUUUUCGGGACGUGGUGCUCCUGGCCGGGGUGCUUCGAGGCGGAGAUCACCCCGUGGACGCGGACGAGACCGUCGUGGGAACGAUCGCCGCCGUUCUGAUAUUCAAAGGCUGGGCAGGUCCAAAUCACCUGGUCGGGAUAGAGAAACCCAUCCAUCACCAGACAGACAUUCUCGCUCGCUGAGUGGUGACUAUAGUGACCGAAAUUCUCGCUAUCGAUCUCGGUCUGCAUCACGACACUCAGCUCGCUCCGUGCACUCGAGGAUGUCGACAUUCUCUUCGAAUUCACGAGGUCAGGAUGGAAUGAACUCGACUCAACCUAUACAAUCUAUCAUGCACAGCACAGCUCGCUCUCCCCCGCCACCUCGACCUAUCCCAAGCUACGAAUCUAGGAACAUGAGUGGCCCUAGCGAUGGACCCGCCAGCUCACGAGACGCAUUUCCGAUGCACGAAAUGCGGUCUUCAGAUGUACACAAUAAGCAGCGCCGCCGGCCAUCCCGACCAUAUCCUGACUCAAGACCAUAUCCGACGUCUCCAAAUCUUGCAACGCCGACGGGCUCACACCAGGGAUCACCACCACCCGCCUCUCCUUAUCAUGGUAGCCGAGGAGGUCGAUCUGGACAACCUUCGUUGGUUGCAUCUGGACCGUCUCCACCCAAUCGACAGGAUAAUUACACUUCACAAAAUGUUCCGUCGGGGCCGCAAUAUCACAAUAACCACGGACAUUUCGAUGGGUCAUUAAAUCACCACCCCCAAGGCCCGUACAACGGACCCCUCCAUCGAGGGGGCAACUCUGGGUUCCUAGGCAAUCAUACAAGCCAAGGCCCAGAUCGCCGGUUCUCCGCAUCCGGACCCCCUCACUUUACCAAUGGGCCCUCGCACCGCGGAGGCAGGGGUACUUUCAACAGUUCACAAUGGACUGCAUCUGGAUCUCGUGGCCGCAGUGGACCGCAGAGCCCUCCUCCGCAUAGCCGUGGUUCGCAGACACCAUCGACUCGUACUGUUCCUGCGAACGAACCGCAUUCUCCUCAGGCACCCAACCCCGGAGCUCAAUUUGCAGUCACAAAGAGGGAUCGUGAAAGUGAAGAUGUCAGGUCUCUACCACAGGCUGAAGGUGGUGGUCCUCAUGAUAUGGCCCCGCCUCCCCGUGAUUCUCACAUUACUACUCCCGGGGAGAAGGGUGGGAAGUUCAGUUUCGCUCUUAAGCCGAAGACUGCACCAACUCUUACUCCGAAGCCAGUUCCCGAACUUGCUCAGCGAAUGGUUCGUGAACCACCCUCUCGGGCACCCGAACCGAAAAGCCCUCGCAACCGAUUAACGAACGGGCCCUUACCUAAGUUCAAUCCUGAUGCUCGUUAUGACCGACGCGAACGGGACCGUGGACGCGACAGGAAGGGAGAUCGUGACCGUCGAGACUUCCGACACCAACGAGACUUCCGGGACUCACGGGACAGUCGAGACAUGCGAGAUGAUCGUCGCUUCGACCAGCGUCGCGAUAAACGGAAGAAUGACAAGACUGACAGACGUCCUGAUUUCCCACUACAAGAACGCCGCUGGGAUCCAUCGCCAGAGCAGCCGAAAGAGCCACCGAAGCAGACCAAGAUUGUUGUUCGGCCCAAGCCACGCCCAAUGAUGGCUAAGGAGUUUGCUGAUGCCGACUCAGUCUACUACCGGAAGCCGGGCAAUGAGUCUGUUAUCGGAGCUGGCACUUACGGCAAAGUGUUCAAGGGGAUUCAUGUCUUUACUCAGCGCAAGGUUGCCUUAAAGAAGAUCCGAAUGGAAGGCGAAAAGGACGGAUUUCCAGUCACAGCAGUGCGGGAAAUCAAGCUGCUGCAAAGCCUUCGGAGCCACAACGUCGUAAGCUUGCUGGAGGUCAUGGUUGAAAGGAACGAGUGCUUCAUGGUCUUUGAAUAUCUUUCCCAUGACUUGACUGGUCUAAUCAACCACCCUACAUUCUCCCUCACCCUCGCACACAAAAAGGAUUUGGCCAAGCAGAUGUUUGAAGGAUUAAGUUAUCUUCACCACCGCGGCGUUCUUCACCGAGAUAUCAAGGCCGCCAACAUCUUGAUCAGCAACCAGGGACUGUUGAAAUAUGCCGAUUUCGGCCUGGCUCGCUUCUUCUCCAAGAGCCGCCAACUCGAUUAUACCAACCGUGUUAUCACGAUCUGGUAUCGGCCACCAGAGCUUUUGCUAGGUGAGACUCGCUACGGCCCAGCGGUCGAUGUGUGGAGUGCUGCAUGUGUGUGUAUGGAAAUGUUCACCAAGAAGGCUGUCUUCCCUGGGGAGGGCGGUGAGUUGAGUCAACUUGAUAAGCUUUACAACUGUUUGGGCACACCAACUCGCGCCGAGUGGCCGGACCUUGUGGAGAUGCCGUGGUUCCAGUUGAUGCGUCCAGCAGAGCGCAAGAAGCGUGUCUUUGAGGAUCUCUACAGAGAUGUUCUGUCCCCUGCGGCUAUGGACAUGAUUGCCCAAGUCUUCCAAUACGACCCCGCGAAGCGACCGAGCGCCGAAGUGGUCCUACAUCACCCUUACUUCCUGUCCGAGGAACCUGUUCCUCAACAAGCCAUCGAACUAGAGCAUAUCGAGGGAGACUGGCACGAGUUUGAGUCCAAGGCACUUCGCAAGGAGGCUAGGCGUGCCGAGUGGCAGAGCCAAAAGGACCGUGAGAAGCGGAAGGCAGACUCAUCCGUGCCGACCAGUGACCGCGAUCCCAAGCGGGCAAAACAGGAAGAUUCGGAUCAGGUCUCUGGCCUAUGA